AUGUGUAUUGGAACUAGUCUUGCGAGUAUAGGAAACAUUUUGAGCAAUCAAGAAAAAUACGACGAAGCUUUUGAUAUGUAUGAACAAGCAUUAGUCAUCUAUGAGAAAUUCUGUUCAUCUGAAGAUCUGGAACUUCCAACUUGUUUGAGUAAUAUGGGUUUUCUUCUAGAUAGUCAACAGAAAUAUGAUCAAGCACUUCCCUUUCAUUAUCGAGCAUUAGCAAUUCAGGAAAAACAUUUACCAUAUUCGUAUACAACCGUUGUGAAUGUUCUAAAGGAUAUGGGUCAGGUAAAAGUUAAACAAAGCAAUUUUGAUGGAGCUCAUGAUGAUUUCUCUCGAGCAGUAGCUUUACUUCAACAAUAUGAUCCACUUAAUCACUCUCAGCUUGUCAAUGAUCUCGAAUGGAUUGUCUCUGUUUGGAAAAAACGAACAAUGUUAUCAUCGUGCUAUUGA